AUGAGAAGGAAGCAUUUUCUAUCGUCAUAUUUAAGUGGAACUCAACUUCUUUUACGCCCAUUCUCUCUUUUUCGCCCCUUUUUUCCGCCUUUUUUUUCAUCCUUCUUCAUCUUCUUUUUCUCUCUCUCCCCUCCUCCUACUCCUCCUUCUUCAUCUCGUCUUCAUCUUAUCCCUUUUACUCUUCUUUUUCCCUCUUCUUCUCUGCGUCUUCUCUUUCUCUUCAUCUUAUCUCUUUUACUCUUUCUCUUUUUUUUCUCCCCGUCUUUUCCUUCUCUCUACCUUAUCUCCUUUACUCUUCUUUUUCUCUCAUCUUCUCUCCGUCUUAUCCACGUCUUUAUCUUAUCCUCUUUACUCUUCUUUUUCUCUUUUUCUUUCCGUCUUCUCUUUCUCUUUAUCUUAUCAACUUUACUCUUUAUUUCUCUCUUCUCCCCUCCGUCUUCUUCUUCUUCUUCUUCUUCUUCUUCUUCUUCUUCUUCUUCUUCUUCCCUCCGUCUUAUCCACGUCUUUAUCUUAUCCUCUUUACUCUUCUUUUUCUCUCUUUCGGAUUUUCUCUUCACAUUCUUUCUUUUUUCUUUCUUUCUUUCUUUUUUUCUUUCUUUCUUCACGUGCUUUUCUUUGCUCUUUCUUUCUCUUUUUCUUACUUUUACAUCAUUUUUCUGUCUUCCUUUUUCUUUCUUUCUUUCUUCACGUGGCUUUCGUUGUUCUUUCUUUCUAUUUUCUUUUUUUUACAUCAUUUUUCUCUGCCUUCAUUUUUUCUUUCUUUCUUCUCCUUUCUUUCAUUCUUUCUUUUUUCACGUCGCGUUUCUUUGUUCUUUCUUUCAUUUUCUUUCUUCUUUUACAUCAUUUUUUCUUUCUUUUUUCUUUCUUUCUUCGCGUAGCUUUUCUUUGUUCUUCCUUUCUUUUUUCUUCCUUUUUCAUCAUUUUUCUCUUCUUUCUUUCUUUCUUUCUUCAUCUUUCUUUUUUUCAUUCUUCAUCUUUCUUUUUUUCUUUCUUUCUGUGACUUUUCUUUGUUCUUUCUUUCUUUUUCCUUUUAACAUAAUUUUUCUCUUACUUUUUUUCUUUUUUCCUUUUUCUUUCUUUACUUUUUUCUUUCUUCACGUGGCUUUUCUUUGUUUUUUCUUCCUAUUUUCUUUCUUUUACAUCAUUUUUCUCUGCCUUCAUUUUAUCUUUCUUUCUUUUUUCCUCUUUCUUUCUUCAUUCACAUCGCUUUUCUUUGUUCUUUCUUUCUUUCUUUUUUUUCUUUCUUUUACAUCAUCAUUUUUCUCUGCCUUCAUUUUUUUUCUUCUCUUUUCUUUCUUUCUUCUCUUUCCUUUCUUUCUUUGUUUUUUCUUCUCUUUUCUUUCUUUCUUCCUUCACAUCGCUUUUAUUUGUUCUUUUUUUCUAUCUGUCUUUCUUUCUUUUGCAUCUUUUUUCUCUCCCGUCUUUAUUUAUUUAUUACUUUCUUUCUUUCUUCACGUAGCUCUUCUUCUUCUUCUUCUUCUUCUUCUUCUUCUUCUUCUUCUUCUUCUUCUUCUUCUUCUUACCCUUGUUCCACAUGGUUUCAUGCGAAACAAACGCUUGAGUCACAGACAACAAUGCUUCUGA